CACAGAUAAAAAAUAAAGUCACUUUGAAAGGGACACUUUUGGAAGUCAGGAAAGCCAUUGAAAUAACUAAUUUAACUAACUUUUCCAUUUGAUUGAAUUUAUCUACCCUUACACCUCAGACAUAUCUCUUCUUCCCUUUUCUUCUCCCUUUCUCCCAAAAUUCAACCAAAUCUCAUACAUUUCAUACAUACAAUGAUGCAUCCUACAAUUCCUUGAUCUCUCACUACACAAAAUGAUGCAUCCUACAAUUCUUUGAUCUCUCACUACACAACAUGGCAUCUGAAAAGUCUGAAGAUGAUUCUGAAAAAUGGGUUCUUGAGAAGAUACACAUUGAUGACAUGGCUGAUGUGCAGAUGGAAGAUGGCAAGAAGCCGAUUUCCUCGUCCACGUCUCGGUCCAGCAGUUUGAGGCAGAGGAAGGCGGCUGCGAGCUCCGGCCCUAAGAUGGGGAGGAUGGAAUCCGGUGCCAAGAGAGGCCUAAUGAGCCUCCGGUUUCUUGACAGGGCCAAGACCGGGAAGGAGGAGGACGCGUGGAGGGCUAUUGAGAAGCGUUUCCACCAGAAUUCUGUCGAUGGCAUGCUGUUUAAGGACAAGUUUGGUGCCUGCAUUGGGAUGGGAGACAGCAAGGAGUUCGCGGGGGAGCUGUUUGAGGCGCUGGCAAGGCGUAGAAACGUCGCCACUACUGAGAAAGGGAUAGACUUGCUGCAGCUGAGGAAGUUUUGGGAAGACAUGACUAAUCAAGACUUGGACACAAGACUCCACAUUUUCUUUGACAUGUGUGACAAGAAUGGUGAUGGGAAGCUAUCAGAGGAUGAGGUCAAAGAGGUUCUAGUGAUGAGUGCAUCGGCAAACAAGCUGUCGAAAUUCAAGCAAGAAGCCGCGACGUAUGCUGCAUUGAUCAUGGAGGAGCUAGAUCCUGAUAAUCAAGGAUAUGUAGAGAUGUGGCAACUUGAGGCUCUGCUGAGAGGCAUGGUUGGCUCAGAAGAAACCCAAAGAUCAGACAGGAAAGCAGACACGCUGGCAAAGACGAUGAUCCCGAAAGAAUACAGGACACCCGUGAGCCGGUUCCUGAGCAAGAGCAAGGAGACAUUCAUGGACAACUGGAAAAAGAUUUGGGUGAUCAUGCUAUGGCAGGGCACAAACAUCUCCAUCUUCACUAUGAAGCUCAAUGAGUUUCAGCACAGAGCCGCCUUCCAAGUCCUCGGAUACUGCCUCUGCUUCGCCAAGGCUGCAGCUGAGACGGUCAAGUUCAACAUGGCCCUCAUCCUCGUGCCCGUGUGCAGGAGGACUCUCACAAGGCUGCGCGAGACAUUCCUAGGCCGGGUCAUCCCCUUUGAUGAGAACAUCAACUUCCACAAGAUGGUCUCCGGGGAGGUCAUGUUGGGCACUGUGGUUCACAUCAUAAUGCACACGAGCUGCAACUUCGUCAAGAUAUCCAGCUGCCCUAAGGACCAGUUUGACACCAUCUUCGGACCCGUGUUCAAUUACAAGCAGCCCACUUACAUGGAGCUCUUGUUCAGUAUUGAAGGGGUUACCGGCAUGAUCAUGAUAGUCUUGAUGCUCUACGCGUUUGUGUUGGCCACGCACUCGUUUAGGAGGAACGUGGUUAAGCUGCCCGGCCCGUUCCAUGUCUUGGCCGGCUUCAAUUCCUUCUGGUAUGCUCACCAUCUGCUGGCUCUGGUUUACAUGCUCUUGCUUGUCCAUGGAUGGUUCCUUUUCCUCACCCCGGAGUGGUAUAAGAAGACGACAUGGAUGUAUGUUUCUGUGCCAAUGCUCAUCUACACCACUGAGAGAAUCCUCACUCUCUAUGACAGAAACUUCAAAGUUGAGAUCAAUAAGGCUGUGAUAUAUACUGGAAAUGUGUUAGCCCUUUACAUGAGCAAGCCUCAAGGCUUCAAAUACAAGAGUGGAAUGUACCUAUUUGUCAAGUGUCCUGAUAUAUCAAACUUUGAAUGGCAUCCAUUCUCCAUCACUUCUGCACCAGACGACGACUAUCUAAGCGUGCACAUACGCACGUUGGGGGACUGGACAACGGAGCUCAAGAAUCGGUUUGAGAAGGCAUGUGAGCCUCAAUCUGUGAAGCAAAGCAGGGGAGAUCUAGUGAGAAUGGAGACCAAGGCAUACACAGAAGAAACAACACAAGACAGAUCUUUUUUCCCAAGAAUCGUCGUUAAAGGGCCUUAUGGGGCGCCAGCACAGGAUUACAAGAAAUACGACAUCCUUCUGCUCGUUGGUUUAGGCAUCGGAGCCACCCCAUUCAUCAGCAUCAUCAAGGACAUAGUGAACAACGAGUCACGCUCGGUGGUGCCAGAUGAUCUGCCUGGGGACAAGCAUGGUCCAGAGAGAGCUUACUUCUAUUGGGUCACACGGGAGCAAGGCUCGUUCGACUGGUUCAAAGGCGUUAUGGACGACAUUGCAGAAUACGACCACCAUCAUAUCAUAGAGAUGCACAACUACCUGACAAGCAUGUACGAGGAAGGAGAUGCUCGUUCAGCACUGAUAGCGAUGGUGCAGUCGCUGCAACACGCCAAGAAUGGAGUGGACGUCGUCUCAGAGAGCAGGAUAAGGACUCAUUUCGCGCGGCCCAACUGGAGAAAAGUCUUCACACAUUUAGCCACUGUGCAUCCUUCUAGCAGGAUAGGAGUGUUCUACUGUGGGAGCCCGACUCUAACGAAGCCACUCAAGAAGCUCUGCCAAGAAUUCACCAUGAAUUCAUCUACUCGCUUCCAUUUCCACAAGGAGAACUUCUAGAUUUUUACACGAUUUAUAGAUUUAGACAGCGUAACUCUUCAUUUAUACGUCGUUGAAUCUUUUUUAUUUGCAUUAUCAGAUGUGCAUUCUCAUUUCCAAUCU